AUGGCCUGGUAUUGUCCAGAAAAGAAGAAAUAUGAAGCUGGGAGAGCACAACAACCAAGUCGAGUAUUUACUACUUCUGCUACAGGUGUUGAGGGAUCCGAGACAUUGAUUAGAGGUAACUAUAAAAUAGUUGGUAAAAUUUUAAAUGUUUUAUUUGAUUCUGGAGUGACACAUUCACUCACAGCAUUUGAGAAGGCUAGUGAGUUAGGAUUAAAGAUGGUAGUGUUGAGUUAUGAUUUGAAAGUGCAUAAUGCUACUUCUGAAGCUGUUGUAACUAGAUUAGGUUGUCCACAAGUUUCGUUCCGAGUUAAACAGCGAGAUUUUGUCCAUGAUUUAAUUUGUCUAUCGAUGACUGGUUUUGAUCUCAUCUUGGGAUUGGAUUGGCUGUCUAAGAACUGCGUUUUGUUAAACUGUUCUGAAAGGACGUUGCAUUUUAUGUCGAAAGGUGGAUGCGAAUGUGAGGAUGUUGUACUGUUAAUUGCAAAUAUGUCAGGUGAGGGACAAAGGUUAGAGCAAAUUCUGGUUGUAUGUGAAUUCCCAGAAGUGUUUCCGAAGGAUAUCCCUGAUUUUCCUACUGCUCAAGAAAUCGAGUUUCAAUUGAGUCGGUACCUGGAUCCAGGCCAAUCUAGAUUGCUCCUUAUUGAAUGUCGCCAUUGGAAUUGA